AUGCGUGUGAAGAGCAUCGUCAUUGAUGGCUUUAAGUCGUACGCCCACCGCAAGGCACUGGAUGACUUAAGCCCACACUUCAACGCCAUCACGGGCCUUAAUGGCAGCGGCAAGUCGAACAUAUUCGAUGCGAUUUGCUUUGUGAUGGGGAUUACAAAUCUUAAACGUGUUCGCGCCGAAGAUCCGCGGGAACUUAUUUUUCGGGCCGGCACAACCGGCGUCCACGCGGCGCGUGUGACAAUUGAAUUUAUCAAUGAUGAUCCCCGCACAGCCCCGCCCGGGUAUAGCUGCGAGGAGUACCCCAUCAUUACCGUUGGACGGCAGAUCAAGCUGGGUGGGAAGCAGCAGUUCUUUCUUAAUAACACCGUAUCGAUGCAGAGUAAGGUGAAACGCUUCUUUGAGAGCAUCAGUCUCAACGUGGACAACCCUCAUUUCAUGGUGCUGCAGGGGACGGUGCACAAGCUGAUUGGCAUGCGAUCCCAGGACAUUCUCUCCCUCAUUGAGGAAGCAGUCGGCACGAAGGCGUUUGACCACCGUCGGCGCACUGCUGAGAGCCUCAUCCGUAGCAAGGAAAAGAAGAUGGAGGAAAUCGACGACAACAUAGAGACGCAGAUAGGCCCCAUGCUGCGAGCAAUGAAGGCGGAUCAGGACGAAUAUGAGCGGUUCGUACAGAUGAGUGAGGGCAUUGAGGAAAAGCGACGGUUUCGCAUCGCCUUUGAGUACUACGAACACCAGCAACAGUUGGAGCAACGGAGUGAACGGCGCACUGCGCUUGAGACAGACGUCGCCGCAGCGAGGGAACAAAUGCGUUCGCUGCCUGCUACGGAAGAUGCUGCAACACGGCGGCUGAUGCAGCUGCAGGGUGACCUUGCGGCGCCGGCUGAAGCGGUCGUGGCUCUCCACGAAGAGGAGAGUACGCUCAAGCGGCAAAUGGCACGGGAUGAGGCACACGUGGAAGGCGCGGAGAAUGCCUUGCAUGCACUUAAAUGCACCGUCCAGAAGCUAGAAAAAGAGAAAGACCGGCAGCAAGGACAGGCGGAGCAAUUCACGGUGAAGCGAGAAAAACGUGAUCAGUUAAUGGAGCGCCUUCGUCUAGAAAAGGAGAACGUCGCGAAAUUAAAGCGCUCCCUAGAGCUUCACAUAUCAGGGGUGCGGGCAGGCAUGUCUGGCAUGUCGUUGGAAGAGGAGCGCGCUGACAUUGAGCGUCAACUCAUCCACCACGGCGCCGAGGCACGCCGUUGUGAGGAACGCGUGAAGGAAAUGGAGCGGCAACUUCAACACACCACGCAAAAAGUAGCGGCCCGUGCUGACACCAUUGCGUCUCUCAAGAAGGAGGUGGCGCGACAACGUGGGCGCUUCGACGCUGAAGCAGCGGCGUACCUAACUGUGGCCCCCCUCGAGACUCGGGCGCGCGAACUGCAGGAGGAAAUUGCGCGGCUCAAGGCAGAGCACUGGCAGGCAAACGAUUCGUUGCUGCGCGAGGCAAGUGGAAGCGGCGCUGGACGAGGUUUCGACGUGGAGUACGACCGCCGCUCGUGCCCCGGAAUUGAGCAGCACAUCCGCGGGCGUGUCGCGGAGCUUGUCACACCAAAGGAAGAGAAAUAUGCCAUGGCACUUAUGGUGGGUGCGCAGACGCAGCUGCUGCGUGUCGUUGUAACAAACGAUGCUGUUGCCGAGAAGAUCAUUCGCCAUGGACUGCGACAUCGCACGGCGUUUCUCCCGCUCAACACGUUGCAGCGCCCCAAAGGCAUUGAAAGCGGACGCGUAGAAGAGGCGAAGCGGAUUGCCGCACGCAUGGGGGGUUUCCUCGCCGUUGCCAAAGACCUGACAGUAGUGAAGGACGAAGCGUAUCACAUCGUCGCGGAAUUUGUGUACGGCCAGUUUCUUGUCUGCUCAUCGCUGGCACUUGCUCAGGAGCUGGCGUACAACCCUGCUGUGCGAUGCAAGGCUGUCUCACUCGACGGCGAGGUGGCAGAACCGAAUGGUCUCAUGACAGGUGGUUCUACGCAGCAGUUGCGAGACAUAUUUGCCGAGGUGCGAGCGUACCAACAGCGCAAGGCUCCAGUAGAGGCGUUGCUGACAAAAAUUGCGCAACUCGAGACGGAAAUGGAGGACCUGCAGGAGCAGCUGCGGCGACACGGUCCUCUUAUUAAGCGGUAUAAGGAGGCUGAAGAGGCGUUGGGACUGGCAUCGCAUAAACUGCAGCUUGAGCAGGGCGAGACGGAUGGGUUCAUCAUGGAGAUGCGUGCUGCACUGGAGGAGGAGCAACGUAAACUGGAAGCGGCAAAGACGGCGGUGCGUGAGCUGCAGGGGCGCAAGACCGCGUUAGAACGGCGUACGAGGGAGGACCCCGACAAGGCCCGCAAUGAAUUACAAGACCAACUGGUCGAGGCGCAGAAGCGCUGCAGCGCGCUUGUUCGCGAAGAAGAAGCGGGCGCGGCGGAGUUUGAGCGACUGGAGGCAGACAUGAUACAGUCCGCCGCCGAUCUAGAGCAGAAGAUGACCGAGACACAGGAUGAGAUACGACAACGCACGGCGGCGCAUGAGCAGGCCAAGGCACAGUUGAGCGAGACGGGUGCAAAGUUACAAGAAGUGAUGGAGCGGCGACGCCGCUCGGAAGAGCACCGCCAACGCCUUGAAAAGGAAGUGGAAGAGGUGCAGCAGGAACUGCAGCAGCUGGUGGUAAGAAAGUCCUCUCUUGAAACCUUCGUAAAGAAUUCAGAGGUAGACCUGCGUGACGCCGCAAAGGCGGUGGAGGAGCUGCACAGGACGGUGCAUGAAGCGGAGCGACGCCACGCAUGGCUUGUUGAUGAGCGGCACACCUUUGGCCGCCGUGAUGGACCGUACUAUUUUGAGGACAAGGAACGAACGGCCGCCGCAUUGCAGGAGCUCCGCGAAGCCGAGUCACAGGCUGCUGUUAUGUCGAAACGGUUAAAUAGGAAGGCUACCAUCCUCUACGAGGAGCGCAAGAAGGAGUACGACGAGCUCGUCCUGCAGCGCUCCGCACUGGGCGAAGACCGGGACGCUAUCCAGCAGUGCAUCCUCGGUAUUGAGGACAAAAAGUGGCAGGCGCUUGACCGCAUGGUAAAGGUUGUGAGUAGUGUUUUUUCAAAGCUCUUCUCUACAUGUCUGCCUGGCGCCGCCGCAGUGCUGCGCGAAGAGCGGGAUGAGCGGCAGCACCUCUGCGGUUUGCAGGUGAAGGUGAUGUUCAACGGCAAAGAAAAAGAGUCGUUGUCAGAGCUGAGCGGUGGGCAGCGGUCGCUGCUUGCGUUGUGUCUUAUCCUAGCCAUCCUCCGCGUGCGCCAGGCGUGCAUGUACAUUCUUGACGAAGUGGAUGCCGCGCUCGAUCCGAGCCACACACAGAACAUUGGACGGAUGCUGCAGACGCACUUCCCAACCUCCCAGUUCCUUCUUGUCUCGCUCAAAGACGGCAUGUUUAACAACGCGGACGUGCUCUAUCAGGUGAGCAACACACAGGGGUACUCCGAGAUCACCCGCAUCGAGGCCGGGGCGAGGCGCAGGUAA